GUUGUCACGUCAACUGUCAUUUGGAAAAUGACACUGUCAUUAUUGUUUGUAAAGUUUAAAAAUUAGUAAAAUUACUGAAAAAACAUUGAUCAAAAAAUCUUAAAACUAAAAAGAAUGUCUCGUAAAAGAGAUAUAUCAAGAGAAGAAAUCGCGAAACAGUUCCUUUUACCAGAGAGGCAAUCUAAAAUUGAUACACUUUUAAAACAAGAUGGUCAAGCUUACUGUAUUUGCAGAUCUUCAGAUUCAUCUAGGUUUAUGAUAGCCUGCGAUGCCUGUGAAGAGUGGUACCAUGGAGAUUGUAUAAAAAUUUCCGAGAAAGAAGCAAAACUUAUAAAACAGUAUUACUGCAUUAGAUGUAAAGAUGAAGACCCUACUUUAGUAACACGUUGGAAAACGAAAAAAGAACAUGAAGAGUCUUUAUUUGGGGUUCAAGAAGAACGAAAAUCUAGAAAACGCAAGGAUCGUGCCGAAAAUAAAACUGACAAGAAAGUAAAAAAAUGUGGAGAAUGUAUGGCUUGUUACAGAACUGAAGAUUGUGGUCGAUGUGAUGUUUGUACAAGAAAAAACAGACAUGGCUCUUCAAAGAAUAGAGAGAGGUGCAAACAGAGGAUCUGUUUGAAUACAUUAGGAGGAUCCAGAAGGAAAAGACGAGAUUCGAGUUCAGAUAAAGACCAGUCUCAUAAUGAUCACUUAAAAACUGACUACCCCAGACAAUGCUACGGUCCCAAAUGCAUCAACAGCGCCCGUUAUGGAUCCAAAUACUGCUCAGAUCAAUGCGGCAUGACUUUGGCGAGAACCAGAAUCCUUCAGGCUCUUCCGCAACGUUUGCAAGAAUGGGCUUUGAGUCCGUCUUGCGCAGAAGAACAUAAUAUUAAAGCGCUCGAUCAAGUGCGAAAGCAGCAAGUGGAAGUCCAACAGAUCCUCCAAGAGUUGGAUAAACGUCACAAAGAGUUGGACAUCAUCGUGGAAAGGGCAAAAAACGCGUCCAUCGAUCCGAAUCAAGAAAACGAAAACGAAGACGAUUCAGAAAUAUCGACUUACUGCGUCACUUGCGGACAUGAAAUUCAUUCGCGUACCGCCAUCAAACACAUGGAGAAAUGUUUCAAUAAAUACGAAUCUCAGGCUUCUUUCGGAUCCAUAUUUAAAACGAGAAUUGAAGGCAACAACAUGUUCUGCGACUUUUACAAUUCCAUCAACCGAACUUACUGCAAGCGAUUGCGAGUACUGUGCCCCGAACACUGCAAGGAUCCGAAAAUAACCGAAUACGAAGUGUGCGGUUGUCCGUUGGUCGUCAACGUGUUUUCGCCGACCGGAGAGUUCUGCAGGGCCCCCAAGAAGUCCUGCACCAAGCAUUUCGUUUGGGAGAAACUCCGUCGGGCUGAGAUCGAUUUGGAGCGAGUGCGUCAGUGGUUGAAGAUCGACGAGCUGUUGGAGAAGGAGCGUCAAAUUAGGACCAGCAUGGCGAGUCGGGCUGGUGUCUUGGCUUUGAUGUUGCACAGCACUUACAAUCACGAGUUGAUGGAGAGGAUCGCCGCGCAAGGUUUGCAGAACGUGCCACGGGAUAAGCAGGUGAAUUCCAGAUAUAGUUAGAUAGUAGUGUUAAAAUUUGUAUGGCAGAAAAUGAGGGGAUUAAUAUAUUCAUUACCGCACUGCGUGUGGUAAAACGACUUUUAACAGCACUCAAAUUAGUUUGAUAAUGACAUCAGUGUAGACAUAUAUUUUAUUUACAUAAAAUUGAUACAGUGGCAAUUUAAUCAAUUGGUACAGUACUUUAGGUGCAAGAAAAGUUGACUUGAAACUUAACGUCACAAUGAAAUUUUAAAAUAAGACUAAUAUUGAUAAAUUUGUUCAUUAAAUUGGGAUUUAUUUUAGGUGUAAAUGAAUUGUCUGCAUUUUAUUUAAUGCAAAUGGAAAUAUUUCUUCUAAUUUUUGGAUUUAGCUAGCUUCCAAAAGGUAAUUCUUUAAUUUCUUAUAGUUGCACCAUUUUUCUGUCAUAAAUUAUUCAUAUUUUGAUGAGAGAUACUUAAAACUUAAUAUAAUUAGCAUUAUUGUAAGUUGAUUAAUAAAAAAAUUAUAACAUU